AUGGAUCUCCGCAAGAAGAAGAGAAAGGUUCUCCUCAUGGGCAAGAGUGGCUCAGGGAAAUCUUCUAUGCGCUCCAUCAUCUUUAGCAAUUACGUUGCCAAGGAUGUUCGGCGCCUGGGCGCCACCAUUGAUGUAGAACAUAGUCAUGUCAAGUUCAUGGGGAACCUGACGUUGAACCUCUGGGACUGCGGAGGACAAGAUGCAUUUAUGGAGACGUACCUUGCCUCACAACGAGGCAACAUCUUUUCCGAUGUGGCAGUCCUCAUCUACGUUUUCGAUAUCGAGUCUCGCGAAGUGGAGCGGGACCUCGACACCUAUAACGCCAUCAUCAAUGCUUUGAAGGAAUACAGCCCCAAUGCCCAUGUUUUCUGCUUAGUUCACAAACUCGAUCUCAUUCAAGCCGAGCACCGUCAACGGAUUUACGAGGAACGCUCCGCUCUGAUCCGCAGUCGGUCAGAACACUUCGCCAUCGACACCUUCGGCAGCAGCAUUUGGGAUCAGUCCCUUUACAAAGCCUGGGCGGGCAUUGUCCAUAAACUCAUUCCCAAUCUGACGGUGAUCGAGCGAUUCCUCCAUGCAUUCGCCAAACGAGUAGAUGCCGAGGAGGUCAUCCUUUUCGAGCGCUCCACCUUCCUGACUGUCACUUCCGUCUCGUCCGAAAUCGGCGACCUGAAUCCGAUCUACGACCGCCACGAGCGUCUCUCCAAUAUUAUGAAAGCCUUCAAGCACUGUGCUGCCCGCAACACACACACCACUCCCGCCUCCGCAGGGUUUGUCGUCAUGCAUACCAAGACCCCGCAAUUCAACGUCUUCCUUGGCCGGUUCACGGACAACACGUAUAUUUUCUUGGUCGUCCCCCCAGGCGAAGCGGCCUACAACUGUGCCGUCCUCAACACCAUGCUCGCCCGCGAGGGCUUCUCCAAAGCUGCGGCCACCGGCCAAGGUGAUGGGUUCCCGCUCCCUACAGCCGAGUCUCCCGACGGCACCAAUGGGGCGCAUGAUUGA